CGACAGAGUGCCACGUAUAUGGUCUCGUCGGACGCGUCUCUGCAAGCGCCUGUCGAGGGCUGUCGGUUCUCCGACCAUUUUUCAAUUGACGACAGCAAAUAUGAAGACUUUGACGCUGCUGCUGCCGCUUGUGCUCGCGCAACUUAUGUUGGCUGCGCCGCCGACCUGCUUGUAUGAAACCGGCCUCGACUAUGCGGGCUUUGACCUCAUGGACGUCGCGGAGAUGAGCCCGUUCUACUGCUGCACGUGGUGUACGCUCGUACCGGGCUGCAAGGCCUUCGUAUGGACGCGCGAGUCGGAACGCUGCUGGCUCAAAACCGAGAAAGGCAAGGCGACGCCGCACUUGUACGCGUUCUCGGGGCUUGUCAGCGCCACACGCUGCUCGGCCAUCAAAGACGAUAUUGAUAUUUCCCCCGGUGCCGACAUUGGCAGCGCGCCGUCGACGUAUCCGGAAGCGUGCUGCGAUCUUUGCGCGCGCCGAGCUUCGUGCAGCGCCUUUUCGUGGAUCCCGUGGAUGGGCGGCCACUGCUCCUUCAAGUCGGCCAACAUGAGUGGCGAAGCGCCUGCCCCCGGUGUCCGCUCGGCCUUCUUGCUACCCUAA